AUGUCCACAGCUACACCACUAGACGACUCUAUGUUAGUAGAGAAUAAAUAUUUUCCAGGAGAUAUAGCAUGGGUGUUGGUUAGUACCGGUCUUGUGUGGCUUAUGAUUCCUGGUGUAGGUUUUUUUUAUAGUGGUAUGGCAAGAAGUAAGAAUGCUCUCUCUCUCAUUCUGCUUUGCGUCCUUUGUGGUGCCGUAGUUACUGUACAGUGGUUUAUUAUAGGAUAUUCUCUCACAUUUAGUACAAAUGGAAAUGGUUUCAUUGGUAAUGUAGAUCACGCUUUUUUUCGAAAUCUCAAAGGAAAUCCAUCAUUUGCCAGUCAAAGAAUUCCAGAUAUAUUAUAUGCAGUAUAUCAAGGAAUGUUUGCUUCAGUUACACCAGCAUUAGCAAUUGGUGCAGCUGCCGAAAGAGCAAGAGUAGUUCCAUUGCUAAUAUUUGUGUUUGUAUGGACAACCUUAGUAUAUGAUGUUAUUGCAUCAUGGUCAUGGUCAGAAAAAGGAUGGUAUGCACAAUUAGGCGGAUUAGAUUUUGCCGGAGGUACGCCAGUACAUAUAACAUCAGGUGCAGCUGCAUUAGCAUAUUGUAUUAAAUUAGGAAAGAGACACGGUCAUGGUACGGAUGAAUUUAAACCGCAUAAUGUAGCAAAUGUAAUAUUAGGCACCACUAUGUUAUGGUUUGGAUGGUUUGGAUUCAAUGGAGGUAGUGCCAAUGCCGCUAACAUAAGAGCAAUAAUGGCAUUAACCUCUAGUAAUUUAGCAGCUUCUGUAGGUGGAAUAACAUGGAUGUUAAUAGAUUAUAGGUUAGAAAGAAAAUUAUCUGCUUUGGGAUUCUGUUCUGGCGCCGUAGCAGGAUUGGUGUGUGUCACACCAGGGAGCGGAUAUAUUAAUGUACCAUCAGCUAUAGCAUUUGGAAUUGUUGGAGGUACAUCAUGUAAUUUUGCUGUUAAAUUAAAACAUUUAUUAGAUUUUGAUGAUGCAUUAGACGUUUUUGCUGUACAUGGGGUUGGUGGUAUAUGUGGAAAUAUUUUAACCGGUAUAUUUGCCCAAAAAGAAGUUGCAGCUUUAGGUGGUCAAGUAAUUCAAGGGGGUUGGUUAGAUGGUCAUUGGGUUCAAAUACUUUAUCAACUUGCUGAUAGCUGUGCUGGUUUAGCUUAUAGCUUUUGUGUUACAUAUAUGAUUUUAUUUAUAAUGGAUAAAAUUCCUGGUUUACAUUUAAGGGUUGAUAUUGAGGCCGAAGAACAAGGUAUUGAUGAUACUGAAUUGGGUGAAUUGGCUUAUUAUCACGUUGAUCGUCUUGCCGGUUUACUUAAUUCAAAUUAUCUAAAUAACUCAACCAAUACUUCCGCUACUAUGACUAAUAUUAAUAGUGGUAAACUUCCAAUACAGCAAGGCACUAAUCAAUAUAUACUUAGUUAA